UUUUAUUCCAGAUCAGUACGUGAACCACAUAUGGAUGUCCCAGAAGAACAUGACAUUCAAUAUGAACUAGUGGAAAAGGGAACCAAGAAAGGAGGGAAAAUGUUGACCGCAAGUAACGGGUAUUGUUUUAACGUAAAAAGAAAGAAAGACAACUUCACAUACUGGGUGUGCAGCGUUAGAAGUGCGAAGUUCCGAUGUCCUGCAUGGGUCAAACAGUACAGCGAUACAUAUGUAGCAUCUAACAGCGGACAUGAACACCCCGCCGAUCCUAGCAUAAGGGCUAAGGUAAAGAUCACAGCGAAGAUAAGAUUAUCAUCGGGAUGAUUUUUUUGAAAAUAUCUUUGCAAUUUCUAUUGACGCAUCGCGAAUAUUUAUGUAAAUUCGUGUUCAUCAAUUAAUUCGGGUUUUUUUAUUUCAGGUUAAAGAUCUGGCUGCAAGAAAUAUCCACGUUCCUGCUGCUAGACUAGUUCAGGAAGCUGUCACAAAGGCUGUCACAUCAGACCUACCAUUUGUUCCUAACAUAGACAACAUCACGAGGGUAACUAACUUAUUUCGUCAGAAUAUGCGACCAUCUGAACCAGGAAGAUGAUUUGUCGUUUACGGUAAUAUAUAUCAUCAUUUUUGUAUUGGAAUGGAAUCUUAUUGAGUUGUGUUAUAUUUUUACAUAAUAUAUUUAUGUAUAUAUUAAUGUCAACUUUAUAUAUUUUCAGUUGUCACGUGACUUCAUCAAAGCGGAUGAGUACCUCGUGGAGUGGAUGAUAUUCGUGUGGGAGAGGAACGCCAUAUUAUGUUUGCCACUGCAGCCCAGCUAAGCCACCUUCAGACUGCAAGGCGGUGGUUCAUAGACGAAACUUUUAAAGUGGUACGACGACCAUUUUAUUAUUUGAUGUCUGUUCAUGCUUUUGUUAAGAGUGGUGAUCAUGUAAAACAAGUACCUCUUGUUUUUGUAUUUAUGUCAAGGAGAAGGAAGGAAGACUACGUUGAUGUACGUUUCUUAGGAAAUCAAUUGAAAUGAGAUGAAUUGAGAAUUAUAUUUCAUGUGAUAGAAUUCUUACGAUUUUUUUUUAUUUUUCAUGUUUUUUCACGACUGAAGGAGAAACUUGGAGAUCCGAUGGUAGAGUUGUUUAUGCUGGACUAUGAAGCAGGUAAAUAGCAUCUCUAUUUUGUUUUUUGAAAUGAUUGAAUUUAAUGUGAAACAUGUAUACAUCCACUCAUUCUUGCAAAUUACUCCUUUUCAGCUGCGUGACAGGCUAUCAGAAACACCAUCAUUAAGGGGUGUGUUUUUCACUGGCUCCAAAGAGUGUAUAGAAAGGUCAUUCAGCUUGGACUUGCCACGGCAUACUCUGAUAAGAGGGACAAGUUCCUUUUUAUUAGAAAGCUGAUGGCCCUUCCAUACCUUCCUGCGGAGCACGUGAGACCCACCUUCAUUGAGUUGGAGUCUCAAGCUGAAGAGUCCAGAUGCGUUCCCAUCAUAGAUUUGACAACAUACAUCCGUGAUACAUGGAUCGACGGCAGACUGUGGAAAGUGGAGAACUGGUCAGUUUUCAGAGAAACCGUACGUAUAAAUAACGAAUACCAAAAUAUAGAUACUACAUAUUUGUUGAUCUCUGCAGGCUGGCACAGACGUCUAAAUUCACGUGCAGGCGGGGCGCAGCUUGCAUUCUACGUUUUGGUGCCUCUUCUUUAUGGUGAGGCACAGUUCGUCGACUUGCAAACUCGUCUCGUCUCACAGAACAUGCUGACAAGGGUACGCAGGAAACAAUACAAGGCCAUCCAUGACAAGCUGUUCGACCUGUGGGACAAAUAUGAAGACGGAGAAAUAACAACAAAUCAACUUUUGAAGAAUUCAAGUCACAUCAUGGGCCUAGGACCAAUUCCAGCAACAGUGGAUGACCAUUGCGACGACGAAGAUCUUGAGUAGAAAAGCGGUUUAGUGGAGCUGAAAAAUAUAUAAAUUGACUUGUUUGUAAAUAUGAGUCUGUAAAUAAAACGUAACCUGCAUAUGUACUGUUAUCAAUUAUUUUGUCUUGUUUAUUUCAGUUAAGUGCGUAUAAAUAAAACUCAAAAAUAUUUUUAAAAAUACUUGUU